UCUAGUAUGAUACUCAGGGCUGUGUAGCAUUUCCUUGUGUUUCCCUCGAUCAAAAGAACCUUCCAGGAAGGUUCCUACAUGACAAGCAAAAUAUUACCAAAUUUAUGGUUUAUAUAAGAGGCGACUUAGCUUAUGGCAUUCACUGCAAAGUUCAAAAGUGAUCACACAAGUGAAAGCUAAGCUGAGUGCAGGUGCUUUGUUGAGAGAAAAAGAGGGGAUCAUGGAGAUUGAGGAAGUUGGCAACUGUGAAACACAAGCACUUCCUCUGCUCUCACUGAACCAUGUGUCCCUCUUAUGCAGAUCAGUGUGGGAGUCUAUGAGGUUUUAUGAGGAUGUCUUGGGCUUUGUUCCCAUCAAACGCCCAUCUUCUUUCAAGUUCAAUGGAGCCUGGUUUUACAAUUAUGGUAUUGGAAUACACUUGAUCGAGAAUCCAGACAUUGAUGAAUUUGAUACCUGCUUGAAUGAAUUAAGGCCUAUUAAUCCCAAGGACAACCAUAUUUCAUUCCAGUGUACGGAUGUUGAACUUGUUAAAAGGAGGUUAGAAGAGAGGGGGAUGAGGUAUGUCACAGCUGUGGUAGAGGAAGGAGGAAUCAAGGUGGACCAAGUGUUCUUCCAUGACCCAGAUGGGUACAUGAUUGAGCUAUGCAAUUGUGAGAAUAUCCCAAUCAUUCCUAUUUCUUCAUGCUCUUUCAAGCCCAGGGGCCAGAGCUUUAAGAAGGCUGCUCCUUCCAAGUGUGGAUUCAUGGAGAAUGUGAUGAUGGAAAGCUUGAGCAUGGACAUGAUAAAUUUCUCAUUCUAAACUGCCAACAGUUUUACAACAACAAAGCGAAGAACAUUAAGUUCACGUCCUUGUCUUUCUUUCUUUUUUGUUUAUAAGAUAUAAAAAGAGUUUGCUCAUAAAAAAAAAAUGAAAGGAGGGGGGAUAAGAAGAUAAGAUUGUUAAUUAAUUUAUGUUAAAAGCUAUACAAAAGCCUCUUUGGGGUCUGGACUCAUGGCAAAUUUGUAAGGGAAGAAUGGACCCAAGGAAAACUUUAUUGUUAUUGUAUCAUGUUUUGUUUGUAAUAAUAAGAAAUUCUGAGUUGCUCAGUUGUCGUAUGUUA